UCUCGCACAGUUUGUGGAUGUUCGAUGCAACAUCCGAUUCAAGACUUCAACCUUGUGCCGUGGUUCCUCCAAUAUUGUUGGAAAGGAAAUCCUUCAUGGAGUAUCUGGCGCUGUUGGACCCGGUCAGAUUCUAGCGAUGAUGGGUCCUUCCGGGAGUGGUAAAACCACACUGCUCAGUCUUUUAGCUGGAAGAUCGCAAACAAAUUUACAUUCUGGAUCGAUCACCUACAAUGACAUGGGCUACACCAAGGCACUCAAGCGAAGAAUGGGUUUCGUGACACAGGAUGACGUGCUGUUCAUGCACUUGACAGUGAAAGAAACGCUCCGCUAUGCAGCUUUGCUCAGGCUGCCCAAGAAACUCUCGAGGCAAGAAAAGAUUCAGCGGGCAGACAGUAUCAUCCUAGAGCUGGGCCUUGAUAAGUGCAAGGACACGAUAAUUGGAGGGCCUUUCGAGCGUGGUGUAUCAGGCGGUGAAAGAAAACGGGUUUGCAUCGGGCAGGAGAUUCUGAUUGAUCCAUCCAUAAUCUUUCUGGAUGAGCCAACUUCUGGCCUCGACUCUACAACUGCUUUAAGGAUCCUGCAAUUGUUACAUGGGCUUGCUCAGGCUGGACGAACAGUCAUCACAACAAUUCAUCAGCCCUCUAGCCGGCUUUACCAUAUGUUUGAUAAUCUCCUCCUCCUCUCAAAUGGCCACGCUAUCUUCUUCGGAAGAGGGCAGGAUGCUCUGCCGUACUUCAGCUCCAUCGGCCUCAACGCAUCGCUGCUUAUGAAUCCAGCGGACUUCCUGUUAGAUCUCGCCAAUGGUAACAUCAGUGACACGUCCAUCCCCCCAGAGCUAGAGAUUAAGCUUAUACAAAGCAAAGGUGAUAGCAAAGUAGGAAAGCCUCCCGAGCUUGCAGUGCAAGAAUAUCUGGUGGAGUGCUUCAGCUCCGAGGUAGCAUUUAGGGACAGCAGUGUUGAUUCUCCGCCCCAUGCAAAGGACGUGAUCCUCCCGCCAAGGCGCGAGUGGAGCAUCGGGUGGUGGCAGCAGUUUUUGGUGCUUAUGAGCCGCGGAUUCAAAGAGAGGCGGCACGAGUACCUGAGCUGGUUGAGGGUGUUUCAAGUUCUUGUCUCGGCGGUCGUAGCCGGCCUCGUGUGGUGGCACUCAAGCGCCGACUCGGAAAAACACUUACAAGACCAGGUUGGGCUGAUCUUCUUUAUCUCCAUUUAUUGGGCCUACUUCCCCAUUUUCGUGGCCAUCUACACAUUCCCUCAAGAACGAGCCAUGAUCGCGAAGGAAAGAGCGUCUGACAUGUACAGGCUGAGUUCCUAUUUCAUGAGUAGAACACUCGGUGAUCUUCCGCUCAACCUGGUGUUGCCGCUGGUCUUCUUGCUCAUCACAUACUUCAUGGCGCAUUUGAAACUCACCGUGGGGGCUUUCCUGCUUACACUCCUCAGCCUCUUCCUCAUUGUCAUUGCCGCUGAGGGGCUUGGUCUGUUCAUCGGUGCCGCGAUGAUGGACACAAAGCAUGCAACAACUCUGGCAUCAAUCCUUCUCCUCAUUUUCAUGCUCACGGGUGGAUUUUUCACUCACGGCCUGGCAUCAUUUGUGAAGUGGAUCAAGUACGUUUCCUACACUUUUUACGCCUUUAGGCUGUUGAUCAAGGUGCAGUAUAGUCGCUCCCAGGUCUACGACUGCCUCAGCGCAACGGGUUGCAAAAGCAUUGCCUCGGCGCGAGUAAUGGCUGACGUGGACCUGAACGAGGCCGGUCCAAUGGAGGACGUGUUUGCUCUGCUCCUCAUGGUCGUCGGCUACAGGAUCCUGGCUUAUGUCGCUCUCAAAAGGAUGAACACAGCCAGAUAGUUGUAAUAUUCAUGGAGUGAAACCA